AUGCAUUUUUUAAACAAUUUCGACCCGGAAACCUCGGCGCGUGAAAGGCGUAAGCUGAAUCGAAAAAGCUAUUUUAUGAACCGUAAGAGCAAAAGUAUUUACAAUGAAUUAGGCCACAUCGCAGUAACUGGUAAAGAUUUGUGUGACUGUUUGGAUGAAAAAUGCCCAGGAUGCCAUUUUCCAUGCCCAAAGUGUUCAUCCAACAAAUGUGGGCAUGAAUGCAGAGCAAACAGAAAAUGGAUGUAUGAUAAAAUUGAAGUAGAAGGAAACGACUUUGUAAUUAGAAAUGACUAUAAACAUAAAUAA